AUGCCGGAAACCGUUAUAAUAACAGGAGGAACUGGAUAUGUUGGUCAGCAUAUAAUUGGCCAGUUGUUGGCAAACGGGUACACUGUUGUUGCAAUUGUCCGAUCUCCCGUUACCAGAUUGAACCUCAUCAAGCAAUUUGAUUCUCCUUUCCUUUUAAGUGAGGUGGUGGACCAGUUGGAUAAGCCCAAGUCGAUUGACUUUGUGUUGAAAGUGCACCACGAGGCCACCGUUUUCAUUGCUGCCGCUACGGUCACCAAAUUCGAUGCUCAGGACCAGGAAAAGGAAGUCUUGAACCCCGGUCUUGCCAUUAUUGAAAAUACCUUGGAGUCGAUCAAGCACCACGGCAAGCAGAUCAAGCGAGUCAUUUUGACAUCUUCGGGAGUCACCAUGACCGGGAUUGAAAACGCAAACGGGCUCGGUGCCAAAUAUUCGGAUGACGACUGGUCGCCCUUGACUUUUGAAGACGGCAAGAAGGAUGGCUGGCUGGCAUACUUUGUUUCGAAAAAGAUCAACGAGCAGCUUGCGUGGAAGUUCAUGGAGGAGAAGAAGCCGCAUUUCGAUCUCGUUUCAAUCAACCCUACCUUAUGUCUCGGACCUACUGAGUUUCGCAACGAGGUCUCCUUGGACCAAUUGCCCUCGACGACGCUGAUUGUUGGAAGUUUGUUGAAAUUGCACAAGGACAGCUACGUGCCCGAAUUGGCGUGCGGUGCCAUCGACGUCAGAGACGUUGCCAGAGUUCACGUUGCCGUCAUCAACAACCCCAAGGCUGCAGGCCAGAGGUUGCUCCUUGAAGCUUACAAAGCCACCAACCCUAAUAUUCUUUAUGACAUCAGAAAGAACUUUCCCGAGCUUGAUGCCAAGUUGCCCGACCUUGCGCCUUCCCCAGAGUCGGAAGUUAAAGCUCCUAACGAUGCAAGAACCAGAGAAAUCCUUGGUAUUGAACAAUAUGAGUACACUUUGGAGCAAUCCGUCGUUGACUUGGUCAAGCAAAUCUUGAAGUAA